AUGGCUAUGGGUUCGCAACAUACACAAUUGAUUCAAGCAUUUAAAAAGGUGAUACCACCAUUGUUGUUCGACGCACACAAAGGCGAAGCUGGACGUAUUGGCGUUGUUGGAGGAAGUGAAGAAUAUACUGGUGCACCAAUCUUUGCAAGCAUGGCUGCGUUUCGAACUGGUGCCGAUCUUGUUCAUGUCUUUUGUACAAGUAGUGCGGCUAUACCAAUCAAAAGUUUUUCACCUGAUCUUAUUGUUCAUCCAAUUCUUGAUUCGACUUCGUUUUCUGAUGAUAUGAAUAAAUGGUUGCCACGCUUACAUGCACUAGUGAUUGGUCCUGGUUUAGGACGGGACAAGAUGAUUCUAUCCAAUGUCGAACAUCUCAUUGGUGUAUUACAAAAACCGGAUCUUAUCAAAAAUUAUGAGAAUUGUAUUUUAACCCCGAAUGCAAUCGAAUUCGAACGUUUGUUUGAAAAAGUAACCGGUAUGAAAUCGAAAGAUCAGGAAAAGGAGAAAGACAAAGCACACUUAGCACAAAAUCUGGCUGAUACGAUGCGUGUAAAUAUUCUUAUGAAAGGACAUCUUGACACAAUUGCUUCACCAGACAGUUCUCAGUUGAUUCAUUGUGGUAUCGAUGGAUCGCCUAGACGUUGUGGUGGUCAGGGUGAUCUACUAGCUGGUGCUUUAGUUGCUGCUUAUUACUGGACUGUCAAAAAUCAAGAUAAAAUUGGAAAUCAAUCAUCUAAUGCGGACAAAUCUCCCAAAACCAUAGAUCAACAAAGUAGCACAUCGAAACUAACUCCAGCUCAAGUUGCCGGCUAUGCUGCAUCGACAUUAAUUCGUACAUCGUGUCAAGCUAUAUUCAGUAAACUUGGCCGUUCAAUGAUUAGUGCCGAUGUAUUAAAAGAAAUUGGGCCAACAUUCAAUAAGUUAUUUGAGAAAUAA